AUGUACUUGGUUUUUACUGAAAAGAUCCCAAUAGAUGAGAUUAAGAGAGAGUUGAACGCCACUGGGUUGUCAGAAGAGGCUAUUGAGGAACUAUUACAAGUCCUUUCCAUAAAGUCAUUGACUAAGUUGGAAGAGAUACUUGGAGGUGCCGGGGAAGCUAUUGCUGACUUGAAACAACUAUUCUCACUUGCUGAAAAGUUUGGUUACUCCGAUUGGAUUCAGUUUGAUGCAUCAGUUGUUCGUGGUCUUGCUUACUACACGGGUAUUGUUUUUGAGGGUUUAGACCGAGAAGGAAAGCCGAGAGCUAUUUGUGGUGGUGGGCGAUAUGAUCGGUUACUUUCUACUUUUGGCGGGGAUGAUGUUCCAGCUUGUGGCUUUGGGUUUGGUGAUGCUGUCAUUGUGGAAUUGCUCAAGGAAAAGGAACUCGUACCGGAACAUAGCCUUGAAGUAAAUAACAUUGUUUGUGCACUGGAUCGUGAUCUUCAAGGAGUAGCUGCAACAGUUGCUAGUAAACUCAGGGAGAAACGGCAAAGUGUUGAUUUAAUCUUGGAGAGCAAACCACUUAAAUGGGUGUUCAAACGAGCGGCACGGACAAAUGCACAAAGAUUAAUAUUGGUAGGAAAUACCGAGCGGCAGAAGGGUAUGGUUCUUGUAGAAGUGCUUUCAUCCGGUGAACAAUACGAGAUUAAGCUGGACGAGUUGAGUGAAAAAUAUUUAUUCUUUGGCAGCACCUUUUAUGAUGCUCAUGCUUUAUGGACAUGUCUCAUUUUUGAAGAUUCGGCUAAUUAUAUCCUUACAUUACAGCAUAAUAUUCUAUCAUAAUACUUUGUAAAAUUGAUAGUUAAAU